AUGGCCGCAGCGGCGCCGGCCACGCCCACGCCGGUGGCAGUGCCGACGGCUCCCACCCAGUCACCUCCCGAGCCGGCCAUGUCCGCGCCCACCGCCACCCCUGUCACUCCCGCGCCCACCGCCACCCCCGUCGCGCCCGCUAAGCCGCCACCCGCAGUCGCGCCGGUCAAGCCGCCUCCGGUUGUCGCGCCCGUGUCCGCGCCGCCGCCCGUCAUGACGCCUCCUCCCGUGUCACCACCGCCCGUGAAGGCGCCUCCUCCCGUGACGCCACCACCCGUCACCGCGCCUCCGCCCGCAACGACUCCCCCGCCGGCGGCAGCACCGACCGAGGCGCCCGCGGUGCUCCCUCCCAUGGCGACGCCCCCGCCGGUGGCUGAGGCACCCGCCGUGCUGCCUCCGGCCAAGGCUCCAUCCAAGAGCAAGAACAAGCACAAGAGAAACAGGAGUGGCAAGAAGAAGUCGCCCGCCCCCGCGCCGGAGCCGCUCAGGCCGUCGGCAACCUUCGCGCCCGAGCCCACCACCGUGGAGGACGUCUCCGGCCCCGCACCAUCUGCCAACGAUUUGAGCGGGAGCGGCCGGCAGUACGGGCGUUGGGGGAUCGUCGUGCAGACCGCCGCCAUGGCCGCUCUGCUGGUGUCGCUAGCGUGGUGA